AUGGCCAUCUCUGUGGCCAACAGCGCCUGUAGCCCGGUGAAUUUGCUUCCUGACGACAAGGGCGCUCCGCCGAAACAGAGCAUGUGGCAUCGUCUGGGUCUGCGAAGAUGGCUGGGCCGCGACGAUCGCGAGGAGAGCAAUCAAAACAACACUCCCCGCCAGCACCUCCGUACCUCCUCCACCGACAGUCACAACCGCAACAACCUCACCCGCCGACUCUCUCGCAGAGUAGGUGUCGGUCUCCCUCGAUCUACAACCUUCAAGCGACAAAACUCUGAACGCCGCGACCGUCUCCAGCCGUUAGACCCGGACUUCCGUCGUCCCCACAACCCCCAGGCGUGGGCCCCCCGACAGUCCGCGCCCGAGGUUCAGUGGGCCGACCCGACGCCCUCAACCACGGUCGUCGACCCCGUCGAGAAAAACGAUGACCCCGACUGGGACCCUUGCCCGGACGUGAACAUGCUCCCUCCCGAGCGCGAGGCCUCGGGCAUGGCGGAGGGGAGUCCAAUUACACUAGGGAUGGAGCUGGAGCACCGAUGGAUCCUCAAUCUGAGCAUGCACUUCCGCGACCGCUCCGAACGCGAGAAGUUCUUCGUCACGUACGCCGAGACGCCGAACCGCUGGCGGCGGGUCACCAUCUCGUGUGAUUAUCGCGGCGCUGAACCGGACUCGCUCGAGCAGGACCUGAAACAAUUGCGAUACCAGCGUGAUAAGUGCGCGCGGGUCUACGAAUCCAUCCGCGAAUCGCUCCCCGAUAUCCAGUUCUAUGACACCGUGACGAAUCUCAAGGUCGAGACCCGCGAUGGGCGGCUACAUGUUCAUGUGACGGAGGAUGUAAACGAGAUCAUUCCGUACCCGCCGAUAUCUAGCAUCGGGCAUUUACUGGGUGUCCGAUGCGUUCCUGAGCACCAUCUACAUUUUGAGGCGCAUCUGUCGGGGUUUGUUUACAAGGUGCGGCUGGGCGAACAGACCUAUAUCAAGAAGGAAAUUCCCGGUCCCGACACCGUGGACGAGUUUCUCUACGAAAUCAAUGCCCUGCAUGCGCUCAAUGGUUCCCCGAGUGUGGUCCGAGUGGAAGGAAUUGUGGUGGACGAGCGACAAGAAGUGGUCAAGGGCUUGCUGAUCAGCCAUGCCGAGCAGGGUGCCCUCGUAGACCUUCUGUACGAGCAGCGAGGGACGAUUUCGUUUGCGCGCCGAGAACGAUGGGCAAACCAAAUCGUCCAGGGCCUCUGCGAGAUCCAUGAAUCGGGCUACGUGCAGGGUGAUUUCACCCUGUCGAACAUCGUGGUGGAUGGAGACGACAAUGCCAAAAUUAUCGACAUCAACCGGCGAGGGUGUCCAGUCGGCUGGGAGCCGCCGGAGAUUGCGGUGAAGAUUGAAAGCAACCAGCGCAUCUCCAUGUAUAUCGGCGUCAAGACGGAUCUCUACCAGCUGGGAAUGACCCUGUGGGCCUUGGCUAUGGAGGAGGAUGAGCCGGAGCGCCAACCUCGUCCUUUGCUCUUGGGACCAGAGGUUGCCGUGCCGGAUUACUAUCGACGGCUGGUUGAGAUUUGUCUUAAUCCAACCCCGCGCCACAGACUUUCUGCGAAGGAGCUGCUCUCAUUCUUUCCUCCCGGUCUGUCUUCGCUUCCACCGAUACAGGCUGCCCAACUUGAAGACCCGCUGGCGGAGAAGGCUUGGGCUGAAAAUGACAUUGAUGCAUGGUCGGACUUGCAGUAUGCCAACCAUGCACCAACUCCGAAUGGCUGGACAACCGUUACCCGAAACGGCUCCCAUGACGACUUCGCGAACGGAGAACCACCCCAAACUGAAACCGACCAACCCCCGCCAAAUAACCUCAGCAAAGAACUGACACGCCAAUCCAGCUGGACAAGCUCUUGUCUUCAGCCAGCGAGCAGACCCUCUCAUUCUCCCCCUUCACUUCUUCUAUCCGCUCUACCAAUCAACCCAGCCCAGGGCGUUCGUCAACAUGAGCUGUCUCCGGCCAUGAAAAUCUUAGAUCUUGAAUCCGCUUCUGCGGGUGUCUGCAGCAGACAAAUAUCGUCUCUCUUCGAAUCGCAACUACCAAUCAACCCGGACUUUAAAGGCGCGUUACAAUAG